GCUUCCCGCUGCCAUUUGCCUCUCUUGCUCGGUUUUGUUUGGUGACUGUUAGCAGCAAGAUGGCGGCUUCCAUCCCAGCAAGCAGAGCUGCUCCGCACAUUUAACCGAAGUCAUUGCAUUUCCACGAGUGCUCAGUCACGCGACUGCAUGUCGCCACCACAGCAAGAAACGGGCCUGGGUCUGGAUGUGUUCGUCUGCUUCAUUUUGUUCCCGUGAGCCUACAGCGACCGGCGGCUAUGUUCACUUCCUGAAUGCUCUCCCCUCUUCACCGGCAGAAAAUGGCGGACUGGCCGCAGCGCUCGCUAUGCUAGUCAACAACACAGCGGAACCAUUACAAACUAUAGAACCGAGUGAGGGCGUUUGUUUCAACAGUGGCACUGCAGUUCUCGAAUCUGGGAUAAAUAUUCCAUUGCUAAAAUUAGCGACAGCUAAUUGAGUUUUAACCAUCAGCGCCUAGUUAGUAUCUAGCAUCCUUUGCAUCGAAUCAGCCGGCUAGUUAGCGGGCUAAUGCUAAGCUAGUUGCGGACGGAGCCUCUUUGGCAAACAUUACGUUUGGUGUUCCCCCAGCAAGGCUUAUUAGUGCUGGACUCUGACAAAAACAACAUGGAAGGUCAGCCAGUGGUGCUUCAGCCUCGCUGGAAGCGCGUCCUGGGAUGGAGCGGUCCUGUGCCGCGGCCCCGUCACGGACAUCGGGCCGUCGCCAUCAAGGAGCUCAUGGUGGUGUUUGGUGGUGGUAAUGAGGGCAUCGUGGACGAGCUGCACGUCUAUAACACAGCUACCAACCAGUGGUUCAUCCCUGCUGUCCGAGGCGAUGUCCCACCUGGGUGCGCCGCUUAUGGAUUUGUGUGUGACGGCACCAGGCUAUUGGUGUUUGGAGGAAUGGUAGAAUAUGGAAAAUAUAGCAACGACCUGUACGAGUUGCAGGCCAGUCGCUGGGAAUGGAAGCGGCUGAAAGCGAAAGCUCCAAAGAACAACCCGCUGCCAUGUCCCCGCCUUGGUCACAGCUUCUCUCUGAUUGGCACUCGCUGCUUCCUGUUUGGAGGACUGGCCAAUGAUAGCGAGGACCCCAAGAACAACAUUCCCAGGUACCUGAAUGACCUGUACUGUCUGGAGCUGCGUCAGGGCUCCAGCGUGGUCAGCUGGGACCUUCCGGUGACGUCUGGGCAGCCUCCGCCGCCCAGAGAGAGCCACACGGCGGUGGUGGCAAGCGGCCGCGGAGGCAACCGCCUGGUCAUCUACGGUGGGAUGAGCGGUUGUCGACUGGGCGACCUCUGGAUACUCGACAUUGACUCGCUCGUCUGGAGCAAACCAAACCUCACUGGGACCGCACCGCUCCCCCGCAGCUUGCACUCCGCCACCGCCAUCCACAACAAGAUGUAUGUGUUUGGAGGGUGGGUUCCUCUGGUGAUGGACGACGUCAAAGUGGCGACACACGAGAAGGAGUGGAAGUGCACAAACACACUGGCCUGUCUCAACCUAGACACACUGUGUUGGGAGACGGUGCAGAUGGACAGCGUGGAGGAGAACAUCCCUCGAGCUCGCGCGGGCCACUGCAGCGUAGCCAUCAACUCCAGACUUUACAUCUGGAGCGGAAGAGAUGGAUACAGGAAGGCCUGGAACAACCAGGUCUGCUGCAAGGACCUCUGGUACCUGGAGACACAGCGUCCCAUUGCUCCAUCGCGAGUCCAGCUGGUACGCGCUAACACGUCGUCCCUGGAGGUGAGCUGGGGGCCAUCACAGACAGCAGACACCUACCUGCUACAGAUACAGAAGUACGACAUUCCCGCCACACCUACGGCAACCCCAACCGCCUCCGCUGCCGCCGCUACUGCUGGAGCCAUCUCGCCCAAGAGCCCCGUCUCCGUUGCAGCCAGUCCCACUAACAAAACGCCACAGCUGUCUGGCAUUACGUUGGUUCCCUCCCCCACAGCAGCUACAUCUGCAAGCCCAUUGGCUGCUGCUGCUAAAGGGCCAGCAGUCCUCAAGGUGGCCACACAAGGAGCCCCAGGCGGCGCCUCCAUCGUCACAGUGCGCCAGGCCACGCCCAAGUCCCCAGUCGCUGCGACCACGCUUCCUGCAGGUGUUCGCAUGGUGGUGCCCACACCGGCCAGUCAAACCACACCAAUCGGCAGCAGUCCUCAGAUGAGUGGCAUGGCCGCGCUGGCAGCGGCGGCCGCAGCUACCCGCAAGAUCCCCCCCGCCACAGCCACCGUGCUCAAUGUGCCAGCGGGAGCCACCAUUGUCAAGACUGUGGCAGUCACUCCGGGAUCUGUUAGCCUUCCCGUUACCAUGGUCAGCAACUCAGCAACUCGCAUCCUGAAAACGGCUGCUGCUCAGGUCAGCGGGGCCACUGUUGUCUCCGCCCCCGGAACCUCCAGCCGCCCAAUUAUCACGGUGCACAAAUCUGGAACGGUGACAGUCACCCCCCAGACUCAGGUGGUUACCACAGUGGUGGGCGGCGUCACCAAGACCUACACGCUAGUCAACAGCCCGCUCGGGGUGGGAGCUGGCGGCACUCUGAUCAGCAACUUGGGAAAAGUGAUGUCGGUGGUGCAGACCAAACCUGCGCAGAGCGUCACGGUUGCCGGUCAGAGUGCGAGCAGCUCUGUUGCUCAGAUCCUGCAGACUAAGGGCGCCCUCCCUGCUGGAACAAUCUUGAAGCUGGUGACCUCUGCAGACGGCAAACAGACCACUGUGCUCAGCAGCCCACAGGCCGGCUCCAUGGUAACCAAACCUGGUACCACCAUUAUCAAGACCAUUCCUGUGUCGGCGCUGCAGGGUGGGGCAGGUGGCAACUGUCCAAUCACAAUCCUCACGACCAAGGUGAUGACACCUGGCACUGCAGGAAAAAUCAUCACCACUGUCCCCAAAAUAUCAGCGGGCCAGCCGGGUGUCACGCAGGUCGUGUUGAAGGGGGCUCCAGGGGCGGCAGGUACCAUCCUCAGGACCGUUCCAAAGGGCGGAGUCAGACUAGUGUCGCCAAGCAUCACCGGCACCAAGCCCGCCGUCACCACGUUGGUCGUGAAGGCGACUACAAGCGUGCCCAGUCUGGGGACGAUAACAGGAAGUGUGUCCACGACAGUGGCAGGAGUGGCCCCCAACAUCAAUGCCUCCCUGGCCACGCCCAUCACCACUCUGGCCACCAUCGCCACGCUUGCCAGCCAGGUCACCUCUGUGACAGCUGCUGCUUCUGGACCCAAGCAGGUUUGGACGCAUCUCAUUGAUUCAGCUUCUGGAAGCGUCCGUAGUGCUACUAUAUUUGUGUCAUCCCAGGUGACUCUGAUCACAACCCCGAGUGGCGCAGAAUCCCAGCCACUGGUCCAGGAUUUACCCGUUUCCAUCAUGGCUUCUCCUACCUCGGAGGAACCAGGAAGUACGACGAGCACGCUAACGAGCAGCAGCGCGGAGGGCGAGAAGGGAGACGCCGCAGCCACUGUGACCCUGGUCUGCUCCAACCCACCCUGCGAGACGCACGAGACCGGAACCACCAACACCGCCACGGUGGCAACGGCUGGCGGAAGUCAGGUGCUACAGGUGUGCUCCAACCCCCCCUGUGAGACCCACAAGACUGGAACAACCAACACUGCCACUGUGGUGAUGGCGGGUACAAGUCAAGUGCAGCAGGUGUGUUCCAAUCCACCGUGCGAAACCCACGAGACCGGAACCACCAACACCACCACCACAACAGGAGCAGGAGGACUACCACAGGUGUGCUCCAAUCCACCGUGUGAAACCCACGAGACCGGAACCACCAACACCACAACCACAACUGGAGCAGGAGGACUACCACAGGUGUGCUCCAAUCCACCGUGCGAAACCCACGAGACCGGAACCACCAACACCACCACCACAACAGGAGCAGGAGGACUACCACAGGUGUGCUCCAAUCCACCGUGUGAAACCCACGAGACCGGAACCACCAACACCACAACCACAACUGGAGCAGGAGGACUACCACAGGUGUGCUCCAAUCCACCGUGCGAAACCCACGAGACCGGAACCACCAACACCACGACCACAACAGGAGCAGGAGGACUACCACAGGUGUGCUCCAAUCCGCCAUGCGAGACCCACGAGACUGGAACCACCAACACUGCCACCACAGCCACAGCUCAGCAGGGUGGAGACGUUGCACAAGGAGACUCCACAGACCCCGCCCCCUCCUCCUCAUCCUCUGAGCCUUCCUCAUCUGCCACCAUCAGCCAGGGCAGAGCCAUUACCAUGGUUACACAGGCCACGCCCACACCUGGACCUUCCAUACCUGAAAUCUCAUCAUUGGUCAGAGAGGAUGUGGUCAAGGCUGAGGGCGAUGGCGUCGCUGUGGUGAUGGCUGUUGCAGAGGAGCCCAUGCAAAUGGACAGCCAAUCAGAGGAUGUCAUGUCCUCGUCAGCGGCGUUGUUGCAGGGCAGUGAGGCCACACAGAUGGCGUCCACGGACACGCCUCCUCAGGAGCUGAUGUCAUCAGAAGCUGUCAGCAGCGAGAUGGACUCUGGGACGACGACGCUGAUGGUGACGGCCGAUCAGCUGGCCGUUUCCACGACAACAGACGAGGUUCAGCAUGCAACCAUACAGGCUGUGCUGCAAGCGGCGGGACACAUCGGUGACGCGGAAUCCAUUCCUAUCGUGUUGACCCAGCAGGAGCUCGCUGCUCUGGUUCAACAGCAGCAGCAGCUGCAGGACGUGCAUGGUCAAGCAGAGGAGGAGGCGGAGCCUGGGGCCGUGCCCACAGAGGGCCUGGCUCCAGCAGACAGCCUCAACGACCCAAUGGCGGAGAGCAACGGCCCUGAGGUGACAUCGUCGGCCGUGACCAGCGCAGUGGCCCGAUUGGCCAGCACCUUUGGCCCAACUCCUCCUCUGACGGCCAGCGCCGGGAAAACUGACGCCACCGCCAUCGCUGACGUGUCCAACGGCAUCGGCGCAAAUGUGACGAAACAUGGCGUCAUGGAGACAAAGACGUCCACCAAAGACAACCAGUGGUUUGACGUGGGGAUCGUCAGGGUGACCAACAUGGUGGUCUCUCACUACUACAUCCCUGAUGAUGUUGCUAUUGAUCAUGACUCAGGCGUGCCCCCAGACUACAGUCGGAUGAAGAAGGUGGAGCUUCAGCCGGGCACGGCGUACAAAUUCCGGGUGGCUGGCAUCAACAUCUGUGGCCGCGGGGCAUUUUCCGAGGUGUCUGCGUUUAAAACAUGUCUUCCCGGUUUCCCAGGAGCACCUUGCGCUAUCAAGAUCAGCAAGAAUGUGGGCGGAGCUCAGCUCACAUGGGAGCCUCCCGCCGUCACAUCGGGAAAGAUCAUUGAGUAUUCAGUGUACCUGGCCAUCCAGUCCAGCCAGACCACCAGCACCUUGGGGUCUGGUCCGGCACAGCUGGCAUUCAUGAGGGUCUACUUCGGCCCGAACCCAUCCUGCCUGGUCCAGACAUCCAGCCUCAGCAACGCCCACAUCGAUCACACCACCAAGCCUGCCAUCAUCUUCCGCAUCGCCGCUCGCAACCAGAAGGGCUACGGGCCGGCCACGCAGGUUCGGUGGCUUCAAGAAACCAGCAAAGACACCAAAGCAACGGGCAAGCGAGUGGCCGUCUCUCCUGACGUUAAACCUGGCGGACCAAAGAAGUUCAGAGGCGACCAAUCAGAGGACUCCAUGCUGUCCUGAGGAUUGCGCUUGGUUGUCUUAAGAACUCAAAGAUAAAACUUGUAGGAUAUUUGUACAUUACUGAUCAAUCACAACAUUCUUGCGUUGUUGUUUGUCGCCAUGGAGACCGCAGCAGUUCACCUUCAGAGGAAGUAAAUCCAGUCGAAAAGAAAUCUGCCAUCAUGACAAAGAGUCAAAGGUCUGAUGAGAUGUGAUGCGGGGGGGGGGGGGGGGGUGGUGGAGCCUCUGCAGUAGUGGAAUAUAAAUUAUUUUUUUUCCAGUAGCAACAAAAUAUUCAAAAGUAUUUAGCUUUUCUUUUUUAUAUAUAUAUGUAAAAGUAUGUCAGAAAACAUUUCCACUAGUGUUUUUUUUUUGGUUUUUGUUUCUGUUGGCGUGUGAUCAUGAUGAAGACAAAGUGUGUGGGCCACAGGAAGUGAUCGUUGACAUGUUUGUGAAUAUUCUCUGACAAUAAAGAUUUUUAGAUCAUU